CCCGUUUCUAGAGACGACGGUUAAUAGAUGAAGCCCUCUAGCGAUACUUGAAUUCUCGUGUUUUGAUUGGUUUGUGGUGAAUCCGGAAGUGUUUACGAGUUGACACCGACAUGUGGUCACUAGAAGAGGAGCACUACUGCUAAAUCUUCUUGUGGAAGAACAUUCAAAGCCUGGAGGAAUAUCCGUGCUAGCCAGCAGCAUGUUAUCCCUCCUGAUAUGCAGGUCAUGGUAUAGGACAGUAUGUGCCCUCAAAGUGCCGCUACAUCAGGUCACUUCUGCUUUCAUGCCCUAUAUAAACGCAGGGCCAGUGUACAACCCUGUUCAGACCAUAAGUGCUACAUGUAGUGCAAAUGCUCAUGCAAACAAACCUGGAUCCUACAGUAAAUAUCCAAGGCAGCCUGAAGGAAAGGAAUACAUGAGAGGCUCAUCUGUAUUUAAUGCAGGAGCUGCCAAAACACGGUCUGACAAGAAUAAGGCAUUGACAGGAGCCAAGCCCUCUGCCACACGUUUAACAGACAACAAAAUAGCUUUGCCUUCUGAGCCAUUGAGUGUGGAUGGGUGGCACAGCCUAAAAUUGGAACAUGAAGGUUAUGGAAGCUUUGAGGAUUACGCGAUGGGCCUGAUGAUUAAAAAGAACACUGAUAUAGACAUUGCUAAGUCUUUGCUGUCUUAUGUGGCUGUAAAGGAGGGGGAUGUUACUUACAAAUUACUCCUAAAAUAUCUAGUGUUAUGUGUCCAACAGAAACAGAACAAAGAGAUUUAUGAUGUGUGUGAUAUUAUGAAAAUUAAGUUUGAUACUUUGGAUACUGGGGCCCACAGCCUCCUUAUCAAAGGUCUAAGUGAAACUGAUCGCUGGAGGGAAGCAAUAGCCUCUUUAGAAAGUAUCAAGAAAGCCGACACACCUUCAGCCAGGAAUUAUGGAGAGUGUAUAAAAGGAGCUAUCGUGCACCGCGAGGACAAGCUGGCCUGGACACUCUAUGAUGAAAUUCUACAUAGAGACUUCAUACCCCCUGAAGAUGCCAUUCAGAGUCUUUUUAAUGCUGAUCAGGACUUACAGGAUGAGGAUUUUAGGAGGAAGCUUCUUGGUAUCCUCACAUAUUUCAGAGAAAAUCAAAUCUACCCUGGACAACCUCUGAUGAAAACUAUAAAGUCCUGGUUUGAAAGAACUCCAAAUGAAACAUGGAAAGGACAGCUUACUAAAGUCACAGACAAUGGUCACUGUCAGGCUUGUAAAGAACAGCUGGAGUCCAGUCACCUAACACCAGAAGAACACAGCAUCUUGAAAAAUGCAGUUAUUGAAAGCGUUAUCAAGGGGGAAGAUAUAUUUCGUAAGACUACCCCAGGGGAACUGCAGACAUUUUUUAAAUUUGUGGAUUCUCGACCGCCCUAUGAUAUUGUGGUGGAUGGACUGAAUGUGGCCUAUCUCUCUAGAAAAGUUCCACUUUCAACUCCUCUUCUGACUGUGGUGUCUUUCCUAGCAACAAGGGGAAAGAGGAUUCUGGUACUUGGUAGAAAGCACAUGUUAUUAAACUCCAAGAACUGGAUAAAAGAGGACAUUCAACGCUUGCAAAAAUGUGCAGACUGUUUUUUCCUUGACAACAUAUCACUAGAUGACCCUUUCCUGCUGUAUGCCUGUCUAAGCUCUGGAAGUCACUGUUGCUUUAUUACCGGGGAUCUUUUAAGGGACCACAAAGCAUGUCUUCCCAAUACAGAAACACAACGUCUCUUCUUAAAGUGGCAGCGUGGACACCAGCUUGUGCUUCCCUUCUAUUCCUCGGAGAAUGUUUAUUUGCAGCCAAUCCAAACUUAUGAUACCAUCCUACAGAAUACACAUGUUUCUUGGCAUAUUCCAUAUGAUGAAGCAGGGGUAAAGAGAGCUGCCUUUGAGGUGCCAAAGACUUGGCUGUGCCUGAAGAAAGUAUCAUAGCAGUGCUGGCUGUCUCACGUUGAUGUGUGCGCUAUGUUGAUUCAUUUUGAGGAAUUAUAACACAUCUGUGUUUUGUGUUGAAAUAAAUGUUAUUGAAUCCUUGAUUAUUUUUGUCUUUUUAAAAAGUUUACCACUUUGAACAGAAGGAAUUGGAACAAAAAAUGAUUACAGGGUGAACUCCUGUCAGAGGACUCUCAAGCAAUCAGCUGUAAUCUAUUAUGCCAAAUGUAAAAAUUAUAGUAUUACAUAGUUCCAUUUUAUAUCUUUGUGCGUUACUGUGUAAUGUGGCUUC